AUGGCUUCGUUGUGGAAGGUAACUCGGUCCUAUUGGGCUAGGAUCUCAUCACCCUAUCUCCCGGUCCGCAGCACUGAAGACGUUGAUGAGAUUGACGAGCCACUUGGAACCGAGUCAAAGAACAGUGUUCAGCCAAACGAUUCAUUUCAUCUGCGAUACUUUUGGCCAAGUCUUUGCUUUCUAAUAGGCUCAAUUGCAUUCUCAACCGUUCUUUCAUCCCAUUCACCGUCAGAUGGCUACUGCGAAGGGAAACUCUGGGCUUGGAGUCCCAUGCUCGGCAAUGCAAAGUACAAAUGGCAACAGCUGGAUGCGGAAAUGCUACCAGACGCGUUAUAUGGAGGCCCUCCUUCCGAUGAGCGACGGAAUGCCUGGGAUCAAACCAUGGAAGAUGGCUUUAUUGGCUUUCCCCGGAACCAGAUGAAUAAGAUUAACAAAUCUAUCGAUGAAGACUGGUGGUGGUUACCCCCUCCGCACGAGAACCAAGUGAUCGCUGCUCCGGAAUACUAUCACCAAUUGCACUGCGUACGUCUCCUUUGGCUGCAUGCUUAUCGCGACCAGUGGGAUUACACGGAGGGGGGGAGCAUGUCGCCCUCUCGGUUUGCCGUGCACACCAAGCACUGUUACCUGGCUUUGAAGCGGAUGCUCGAGUGUCAGGCUGACAUAUCUCCGGUCUUGUUCGAGGAGGCCAGCAGCGUGGAGGGGUCUGGCGUUUGGAAGCCCCUGAAUGCGCCACAAAAGUGUAAGGAUUUCAGCGCUGUCCUUGAAUGGCACGCAGAUCAUACUGUCUGUGAGCGUCCAUGUACAUAUACAUAG